GUUGAUUGAUAACUUGAGUGAAGUGCGCGACUGUUUGUGGAGCCAAUAAUCUCGCAAAUCUGGAUGCAUGCAAUGAGAUGAUUGCCGUCGCAGAGCCGCCACUGGAAUUCAUUCCUCGCGGUCGACAGGCGGCAGAGGAUCAUCCCGGGCCAACGGAGCCGCCGCUGCCCAAAUGCCUGUCCGCCGAGCAUUUGCUGCUGCAGCGACUGCAGAAUGUCAACAUCUCGGCUGCCAGCGAGGAGCCGCAAGAAUUCUGGUGCAUACGCGAAAUCUACGAUGAUUACGAGUCCAGCUAUGAGCGUGCCCAGCGUCGUCAGCAAUUGAUAGAGCAGACCAAGAAGUGUGGACCCAAAGCAGCGGCUGCCACCCAAUUGACCUCGCUGCCACAACAGCUGCUGCAGCCCGUGGAGCAGCGACGGGAGGAACCGAUGUGCGAUUACAUAGUCAACAACGAGGAGGAACUGUAUGUCAAUAGGAACACGGUGAUCUGGACCCAGGGACUCAACGAUGACGACGACGACGGUGUGUACAAGCGCAUGUGCUUCACCUGCGACACUCCGGUGAAAUUCGCCUGCUUCCUGAAUCGGCGAUUUGUGCGCGGACGCUUGGCACAGUUACGGGCCUCCGUUCAGCCGGAGGAUGACAAUUUGACGGCCAUUUGUGUGGUGGAUCAGGAUGCGUUGCGUGUCUACUGUGAUGACGGCGAUGAUUUUCUGGCCAAUCUGGAUUUUCCCAUCUCACAGCUGUGGCAAACCGUGCACGGUUUAUUGCUGGAGAAGGAUUCCAGCAAUGCCCUUAUCUCACAUUUGUCCAUACCAAUGCCACGCCUCUUUUCCAUGUCGCAUCCCUUGCACGAGGCUUGCCCCGUAGUGCUGAAGACAUCGACCAAUUCUACGGGUUACAUGACCGAACCCGAAUACAGCGUUGUCUUCACUGCUGAGGAUUCGGAUCUGGUGCUCCUCUAUGAUGCCAAAUUCUUUAAGCAUUUCGUUGCCCGGCUGCGCAAGGUGACGCCCGAGGAGGUCAACUAUGUCAGCCAGCAGCAGCAACAGGAUCUGCUCACACAUACCCUGCAGGGGCAUCGCGGCGGCACUCCCGGCUGCACCAGCAGCAUUCACAGCUUCAGCUCCACCAAGAAUACUGGAGCCACACCCAAGCGGAACACCGCAUCCUUUGCGAUGCCUACUCCACACAAUUUCUCCAAGUUCGGACUUAGUCAAUCUCAAUCCUUCAGUGGCGUUCUGGGUCAAUCCAAUCGCGUCUCUUUGGGCUCUCCGCUGAGUCAGCUGCAGAAUAGCAUCAGUCAACAAUCCUUGUCCAUUAAGGACAUGCGCAAGAUGACGCAUGUGAAGCCGGCCAAGCCAAUUGAGCCUGAGAUGUGUCUGGAGCACAUCUGGACGGAGAAUACCUAUGGCACACAACGCGAAUUCUGUGAGAUGGCGACACGUGCCUUUAUCCACACGGAUCUGGUGGGUCAGACGUAUCUGUGCUAUCUGUUACCCCGCUCCUGUCGCCUGCAGUUGGUGCUCCUCAAUGGCUACAACACUAGUGAUUUGCAGUUGUCCACGCUGGCAUCGACACUGCCCGCCAAAGAUGCAGUGGGUCUGCAGCGUUUGCAUAUGAUUGCUGUGCUGGAUCCCGGCGGUAAUCUGAUACUCUACACUGGCACAGUGCUCAUAUCCAAAGUGCACAUAACACCGCUGCUCACAGCGCCAACGACAACAACAACAGCAACAGCUACAACGGCAACUCCCACGCCGGCAACUGCGCCGGGUUCGGCUCCACAGACGCCACUGCAGGGAACACUGCAAUCGCAUCUGAAGGUGUCGAGCAGCUCCUUUGUGGAGGUGCGUCGGAGCAGUCUGUUGCCCACCAAGGCAGCUGCCGAUCUCAAUGCCUUCGACGAGGAGCUGGAGCUGCACAUGCUCUCGCCCAUACAGCCUCAGCCCAUGUCCUAUACACAGAGGCAGGCGCACAAUAUCUGCAAGGCACUGCGAGAUCCGGCCGGGAAUCGUUUGACUCUGGUUUAUGCCACCGGCAGAAUGUUGCGCAUUGCAUUGCCGCUUUUGAAUGAUACACGUCUCAUCACACGCUGUGUGGCUGCACUGCGUCAGGUGUUGAAUCCAUCGCAGUUUCUACACUUUAUCAUACGCUGGUAUAGCGCACGUAAUCCUCCCGGCUCAAGGGACUACAGCAUCGAACAGGAAUGGCAACUCUUUCGCAGCACACUCCUUGGACUGAUGGGCUGCAUGGCCGCCUCCAGUGAGCAUCCGGAUGUGGAUGAAUCGUAUGCUCGUUGUGCCACGCCGCCAUACCAAUCGCCAAGCGCCAUGUUUUCUGGUGCAGCACAGGAUGAGCCCAAAAAGCGACGCAAAUACAACGACUGCGAGGCGUACACGGAUGAUGAUUGGGAAUUCCUGCUCAUGCACACCACGUUGGCUCCCUGCGGUGGCGAUGCUUCGCAUGCUUACAGCGUGGAUGUCACAGCGCCGCUUUUCCGUGUACUUCCCGCCGUAUUCUAUGGAUUGCACAUGCUCUACGAGGAUCUCAAACUGGAUUCGGUCUUUAACAGCGGGCUCAUCUAUUUGGGCACGUUUCUGCAUCAACUGGCGAUUGACAUGCAACUGGAUAGUUAUAUAUUCCACUAUCAUCUGGAUUUUCCCGAGCUGACGCACAAGACAACGAAGAUGACAAUGCUGAGCUCGGAGCACGGAGCAUUGAUGCUCUACCAGGAGCUGUUGCGAAUGCCAGCGCCAAGUAUAUAUGCCCAGUUGGAGCAUGUCAUACUGGGCAGGGAGGAGGUGGUGCCCUUCAGCUACGUGGAGUGCAUCAAUGAGCGUAGUCGCAAUCUGGUGCAGCUCGUCUCGCUGGUAAUGCAUGGACACACCAAACUGAAGCAUUGGUGGCAACUCCUUGAGCUCUUUGGUGCCGUCCAAUCCAAUUAUCCGAAGCGUGCCAAGCGCAGCAUUUCAGCGGAUAAGCCACGUUGUCAUCAGCUCCUGGAGCUGCUGCUCUGCAUGCAACUGACGCGACGCGACAUUGAACGACUGCCGGCUGCAGUGCAUCUGAUUGUGGCCGAGGCGCUGGAAAAGGCGCGUCUCUCGCCGCCCAUGGGCUGCAGUCAGGCCACCUAUGAGCUGAUCCUGCGUCCCGAGCUGGCGGCGCACGCCCAGCUGCCGUUCCUAGAGGCGACACUGGGCCAACCGCAUUGUGGUCGCGUCUACAAGGAGGAUUCGCUGUCGCCACGCUGUGCGCCAAGCAGCGGCGAGUGGCCCAUGUCCGAACCGGAUGCGGAGCAGCUGCGUCACGAUGGCAUGGACAAUAUGGAUACGAAAUUGUUGCGUCUACGCUUCCCGGACGAUAUGCGUGUGGAGGAAGUGCGUCGUCUGCUCAACAGCGCCGAUCCCGUGGCCAUUGAGGUGCAACAAUCACCCGGAACGAGUGAUCACGAGUUCAUCGAGGAGCAGGAGAAGCAAUUGUUUGCUCUAUGCGCUCGCACCAUGACCCUGCCCCUGGGCAGAGGCAUGUUCACACUGCGCACCCUGUUGCCGCGUCCAAGUGACAACAUGCCGAUGCCAAAGCUGUGUCUGGUGGGCAGGGAACCCAUCAAGGGCACCACCAUUGAGAUGCAACAGAUCGAGUUCCCAGCCAAUAUGCAUAUGUGGCCAUCGUUUCAUAAUGGUGUCGCCACCGGAUUGAAAAUCUCACCACAAGCCUUGGACAUUGAUUCCACAUGGAUUGUGUAUAACAAGCCCAAGACACAGGCCAAUAAUGCUCUGGAGCAUGCGGGAUUCCUCAUGGCUCUCGGCCUGAAUGGACACCUCAAAUCCCUGUCGUUCAUGAGCAUCUACAAGUAUUUGGUCAAGUGUGAUGAGAUGACCAGUGUGGGUCUGCUGCUGGGCAUCUCGGCGGCACAUCGUGGCAGCAUGGACACCAAGACAACCAAGCUGUUGAGUGUCCAUCUGGAGGCCUUGUUGCCGGCCACGGCCAUGGAGCUGGACAUACCGCAGAGCACACAGGUGGCCUCUCUCAUGGGCAUCGGAUUGCUCUAUCAGGGUUCCGCCAAGCGGCAUAUUGCCGAGGUUCUGCUCCAGGAGAUUGGUCGUCCACCUGGCCCCGAGAUGGAGAAUAGCGUGGAGCGGGAAUCGUAUGCUAUGACCGCAGGCUUGGCACUUGGUUUGGUCACCCUGGGUCAGGGUGAAUCUCCAGCCGGCUUGCGUGACCUUCAGCUGCCGGAUACCCUGCAUUAUUACAUGGUUGGCGGCGUCAAGCGACCCAUUGGUGGCUCCCAGAAGGAGAAGUAUCGGCUGCCAUCGUUUCAGGUGCGCGAGGGAGAUAGCGUCAACAUUGAUGUGACCGCUCCGGGUGCAACUUUGGCAUUGGGACUGAUGUUCUUUGAUUCCGGCAAUGCGGCAAUUGCUGAGUGGAUGCGGCCACCGGAUUCAAGGUAUCUACUGGACAUGGUGCGUCCAGAUUUUCUGCUCUUGCGCACCAUUGCACGCGGCCUGAUCCUUUGGCAGGAUGUGCAGCCGGACAACGGCUGGUUCCAGGCGCAGUUUCCCCAAACCCUUCGCAUCCAUCUGCGUCUGCCCACGCGUGAUGACGAGCAGCCCGAGGACAGCGAUGUCGACUAUGAAGCUAUCACUCAAGCGUACUGCAAUAUUUUGGCUGGCGCCGCCUUCUGCAUUGGUCUCAAAUAUGCCGGCACUGAGAAUCCUGUGGCCUUUACCACACUGCGUGCUGUAAUCAAGGAAUUCCUGGGAUUCCCCGGCACACCAAUGGGUGAAUGUGCCGGUCGCACAACCAUUGAGAGCUGUUUGAUGGUACUGCUCAUUUCCAUAUCGCUGGUGUUUGCUGGCUCUGGGAAUUGUGAGAUACUUCGCAUCAUUCGGUAUUUGAGAUCACGGGUCGGACCACAAUAUCCACACAUUACUUAUGGCUCCCACAUGGCCAUCCAUAUGUCGUUGGGUCUGUUGUUCCUUGGUGCCGGUCGCUAUACCAUUGCCAAGACACCAGAAUCAAUAGCGGCUCUCGUUUGCGCCUUCUUUCCCAAGUUCCCCAUACACAGCAACGACAAUCGCUAUCAUUUACAGGCAUUGCGUCAUCUGUAUGUGCUGGCCGUGGAGCCGCGUUUGUUUCUGCCCCGGGAUAUUGACACGCAUCAGCUGUGUCUGUGCAACAUCUCGGUGCUGGAGAUUGGCGCCAAUGAGAUGCGUCGCCUGCCUAUUGCUCCUUGUAUACUGCCGGAGUUGAGCACACUGCAGCAGGUGAUUGUCGAGGAUGAGAAUUAUUGGCCAGUUUGCUUUGAACGAUCGCGGAAUUGGCAUCAGCUGGAGAAGGCAUUGGAGCUGUGUGCACCGAUUGACAUUAAGAAGCGAACGGGUCGUCUCUCCCAUUUGGAGGAUCCGGAUCGCUUGAAGAGCAUGCUGGCCCAGACACUGACCACGGAGCAGAGCAUUUGCUGGCAGGUGGAUGUGAAUGAUCUGCAGCAAUUUGCCAGCGAACGUUUGGUCAAGCCAUUCCUCAGUCGUUUCCUGCAGACCAAGGGCACAACUCUCAGCUUCUCGGAGCUGGCCAAGCGGCAUCAACUGAUGCUGCUCUUCUUCAAUGCUGUCGUCAAGGAUCGCAUGCAUCUGCUGCCGGUUUAUUUAACACUAUACGAUCAUGUCACCAGACAGAUGGCCAACAACAACGAUGUGUGGCAGGUGAAACUAAUCGAUGCAUAUUUGGGCAAAAGUCCCAGUCAACAUACGCUCAUCUCCGUGGAGCUCAUACAAAUGAUGCAGGAGCUCUUCAAGGUGCAACUAGAGGCAUCAACGCGUGAGCUGUGCGUCCCGUUGCGUGAAUUUCUGUGCCAGAAGCGACUGGAGCCGAGCUAUGUGGCAUGCAUCAGUGCCCAGGAUUUGCAGCGUGUCUAUUGUGUCAUCAACUAUUACAACCUAAUGCCGGAUCUGUUGAAUGGCGUCGAUAUGAGCAAUGGUCCCAUUAACUAUCUGCGCAUCAUGUACGAAUUUCAGCAAUUAAAUCUCAAUCCGCACACAAUAUUCGGUUUGCUUAAAAUAUUCCAAUCGCUUCGAUGCGCCUUCAAUUUGGAAUAGAGUUUGUCGAAACGAUUUCCGGUCACUUGUAUUACAGCACUUGUGUUAUUUGAUUGUAACUGCGCACUGAGAUUUACAAUUUCAAUUGUUUUCGAUUAGAAAAUAUAUAUAAUUUAUGUAUACAAACACAAAUUGAUAAAAACAAAAAAAAAAAUAAAGAAUCUUAAUUAAUUAAACUUCAUAUUAAUUAGUUACGAUGUCAGGUCACUUGUUUAACCAUAUUUGUGUUGUUUU